CUCCCACUGAAUAAACACACUAUAUAGCAAAGCGGCGAAAUCCUGUUUUGUUCUUUCAUGCCUUCCCUAUCCUCAAACUGAAGAAGAAGAAAAGCAGCGUUUAGCCUUCGAUCAGUCCGAGGCGAAUUAACUCAAAAUGGCAAGAGGGUUGAAGAAGCAUUUGAAGAGGCUCAAUGCGCCUAAGCAUUGGAUGCUUGACAAACUUGGUGGUGCCUUUGCUCCAAAACCAUCAUCUGGUCCACACAAGUCUAGGGAGUGUUUACCAUUGAUCCUUAUUUUGCGUAAUAGGUUGAAGUAUGCUCUCACAUACCGUGAGGUUAUUGCUAUCUUGAUGCAAAGGCAUAUUCUUGUUGAUGGAAAGGUCAGGACUGACAAGACAUACCCUUCUGGGUUCAUGGAUGUCGUGUCAAUUCCCAAGACAAAUGAGAACUUCCGUCUCCUUUAUGACACCAAGGGUCGUUUCAGACUCCACUCAAUCAAGGAUGAAGAGGCCAAGUUCAAGCUUUGCAAGGUCCGUAAUGUGCAUUUUGGAUCAAAGGGUAUCCCAUACAUCAACACAUUUGAUGGUCGCACUAUCCGCUACCCAGAUCCCCUGAUCAAGGCUAACGACACCAUCAAGCUUGAUCUUGAGAGCAACAAGAUUGUCGAUUUCAUCAAAUUUGACAUUGGUAACGUUGUCAUGGUUACUGGAGGAAGAAACAGAGGCCGUGUUGGUGUCAUUAAGAACAGAGAAAAGCAUAAGGGAAGUUUUGAUACCCUUCACAUCCAGGAUAGCACCGGUCAUGAAUUUGCCACCCGUUUGGCAAAUGUCUUCACCAUUGGUAAGGGGACAAAGCCUUGGGUGACUCUCCCCAAGGGCAAGGGUAUCAAGUUAACCAUCAUCGAAGAGGCAAGGAAGCGUCUUGCAGCACAAGGAGCCGCUACUGCUUGAGUUUUACUAUGAUGAUAAAAUUCUGAUAGGUUUCAGAGAUAGUUUGUUAAAGAAUUUCUUUGGAUUGCUCUCUUUUCUCAUUUUGAAGUAUUUCUCCAAUGUUAGCUUAAGAACUUGUGUUUUGUUUUUCAUUAGUUGGCACUGUAUAGAACUAGAUUUUGUACCUCUGCUAUAUUCAGUUUAGACCUUUACUGUCACCUUACCCAAUUGUUGCAAUAACUGGUUCAGUGAGAUGCCAGAUAUU